UUGAUAUUUACGGUGUGUUGUUUUUAGCUGUGAUACGGUAAUUUAUAAAAAAAAAAAAAAAUUGUGCUGCGCCUUUCCUUCAGUCUUUACGGCCCUGAUGUAGCUCAUGUGUCCGGAAGUAGCUCCGGUUUGUUCGGCUUCGGAUGUUUGACAGAAAGAAAAGCUCCAGAAAAGCAGCUGAAGAGUUGUAAAAGUUCGGUCCGGCGGCGGCUGGUGUGACGGGAGCCGGUCGGGCUGAUCCGGUGAACCCCCCCCGGGGGCUGAAACAUGGGCCUCCUGGCGAGGGUACGGAAGGAAUGGUUCAUCGUCGGGAUAGUGCUGGUCAUCUUAUCGGCCAAACUGCAGCCCAGCGUCGGUGUCAGAGGAGGGCCUUUAAAGCCGGAGAUCACCAUCGCGUACGUUGCCGUCUCGCUCAUCUUUUUCAACAGCGGCCUGUCACUGAAAACAGAGGAGCUGACCAGCGCGCUGCUUCAUGUGCGGCUCCACCUGUUCGUUCAGUCCUUCACGCUCGUCUUCUUCCCGCUGGUCGUCUGGCUGCUGCUCAAAGUGCUCGCACUCACCGCCAUCGACCAAUGGCUGCUCAGAGGGUUACAGACGGUGAGCUGCAUGCCCCCUCCGGUCUCUUCGGCUGUUAUUCUCACCAAGGCUGUCGGAGGCAACGAGGCUGCUGCCAUCUUUAACUCAGCGUUUGGAAGCUUCCUGGGAAUCGUAGUGACUCCAGUGCUGCUUCUGCUGUUUCUCGGCUCCUCCUCCUCCGUUCCCUUCUCCUCCAUCUUCUCUCAGCUCUUCAUGACCGUGGUGGUUCCUCUGGUCCUGGGUCAGGUGUGCCGUGGUUUCUUCAGGGAGUACCUGGAGCGGAGGAAGCUUCCGUUCGGCGCCAUCAGCAGCGUUGUCCUCCUCCUGAUCAUCUACUCCACCUUCUGCGACACCUUCAGCAACCCCAACAUCGAGCUGGACCCCACCAGCCUGCUGCUGGUCGUCCUCAUCAUUUUCUCCAUCCAGAUCAGCUUCAUGCUGCUCACGUUUGCCUUCACUACCAGGUCGGGCUCAGGAUUCAGCCCUGCAGACACGGUCGCCAUCAUGUUCUGCUCCACACACAAGUCUCUAACUCUGGGUAUCCCCAUGUUAAAGAUAGUGUUUGAGGGCUACGAGCAUCUCUCUAUGAUCUCGGUCCCUCUGCUGAUCUACCAUCCGGCUCAGAUUCUGCUCGGCUCCGUCCUCGUGCCGACCAUCCGGAGCUGGAUGACCAGCCGGCAGAAGUCUAGUCUGUUGUUGAGAUAGGGCAGAUUCCAUCACUACUCCUUCCCCCAAUGGUGAAACUGUCAACUCUUCAGCCCGUCUGACGAGGAUGAAAUGUUUCGAUGGUUCUGCACAAGCAUAUCUGUGUGUGUGUGUGUUUCUUUUGCUGUGAUGGAGGACUGCGGUGGAAGGAUACAGUAAUUCGUGCCUUAUUACGAACAAACAACAGAGACCUCAGCGCGGCGGAGGAGACAUGGCCCACCUGUCGCUUUGACUUCUUUCUAAGACAACAAAAAAACUCUGUCAUAUAUAUAUUAUAUUAUAUAUAUAUAUUCUUUUAUAUUUAAAAGAAGCAAAAGUACAAGUUUUAUUUUUAUAUGAAAUACCCCCAAAAAAGUCCUGCAAAAAGAAGACAAAUUGUGCUUCUUGAUUUGAAAAACUCUCAGCAGAAACAGGAAGGGGCGGAGUUACUGGGACCAUUCUCUCUUUUUACUUCAGUUUUUCUUGCUAUUUUCUACUUUUUGUAUUUUCUUAUCUUUCUUCUAGCUGUUACUGCCAGAAAACUUGGGACAGUUGCUCCAUUUAUGUUCUCGAUAGAAUCGAACAAAUGCUGGAUUUUCUGACAUUUAAUAUACAGUCUAAUAACGA